AUGGUCCCCUCCAGCAACGCUCCCUUCCGUCCCUCCCCGCUAUCCUUCAACUCCCCUCGUGCAUCGCCGUUCCGACGUCCAUCAACACCCAACUCUCCUCCGACACAAGCCCGCCCAACAACACCAGGGAGCUCCCCAAGCAGGGGAUACACACCCGUUGUAUCCCCCAGCAAGUUGAACCAGACAUACACUGUUGAAGACGACCAAGAUGCGUCCCCCAAGAGCCAAGAGCCAAUUCCCCAGCCGCGAUUUACCAGAGAGCCGCCAUCAUCGCCAAGCAGAGGCGCCAGCACACUCAACACCUCGCCGUCGAGUAUAGCUGCAAAGGCGACUAGCAUGAUGGCUGCGUCAUCCGAUGCGGCGGCUAGGUUGGCUCCGGCGCAACUUAGAGAGAUCCGCGAGGCUUUCCAGGUUCUGGAUCGGGAUAACGAUGGCUUUGUGGAUAAGGAUGAUGUCGCGGAUGUGCUUGUGAAUGUUGGCCAAGACCCGUCCUCUCUAUCCCAGUUCUUCCCUCCAGGAAGCGCUUCCACGAUCAACUUCCCUACAUUUUUGAACACACUUUCGCAGCUACUUUCACCGCUGUCCUCGCGGCAAGAGCUUCUUAAUGCACUAGCAGCAUUUGACGAAGACGACAGUGGCCAGGUCGACGUAGAAGAGCUACGCGAUGCCCUUCUCAAUACUGCCCCAGAAGACGGAGAGCGCCCACUAUCAGACCGCGAAAUCAAUGAGGUUCUCAAUGGGUUUACAAGCCGCAGAGCGUUUGGCGGAAAGGGCGGCAAGACGCAGGGAGGCGGAAAGCGAGGGGAAGUUCUCAAAUACCAGGAGUUCGUCAAUACAAUGAUGGGCGGAGCGGAGAAUGGACAGGCAGCGAAACCAACCUGA